CUUGCCCACGCUGAGCCUGACUCAUCUCCAACUACUUGAUCAAUCUCUCUCUAAUACAUUUGUCUGUUGGCACUUUCUCUCUCUACAAGUUCCGACAUAUCAAACGAGGAAAGUUUUUUGAGACGGAGGGAGUAUUCGUUUACUUGUGCAUCCGUCCUGUAUCUACAUAUAAAUGGAGACCUUUUUGUUCACAUCUGAGUCUGUUAACGAGGGACAUCCUGACAAGCUUUGCGACCAGAUCUCGGAUGCAGUCCUUGAUGCCUGCCUAGCACAGGACCCUGACAGCAAGGUUGCCUGCGAGACUUGUACCAAGACCAACAUGGUCAUGGUAUUUGGGGAGAUCACCACCAAGGCCAAUGUGGAUUAUGAGAAGAUUGUGCGUGAUACGUGCCGUGAAAUUGGAUUUGUAUCGGAUGAUGUGGGGUUGGAUGCUGACAACUGCAAGGUCCUUGUUAACAUUGAGCAGCAGAGUCCUGAUAUUGCCCAAGGGGUUCAUGGUCAUCUGACCAAAAAGCCUGAGGAGAUUGGCGCUGGAGAUCAGGGUCAUAUGUUUGGUUAUGCCACUGACGAGACCCCUGAGCUGAUGCCCCUCAGCCAUGUUCUUGCAACCAAGCUUGGUGCUCGCCUAACUGAAGUUCGCAAGAAUGGAACUUGUGCAUGGUUGAGGCCUGAUGGAAAAACUCAAGUGACUGUUGAGUACCAGAACGACAAUGGUGCUAUGGUCCCCAUCCGUGUGCACACUAUUCUAAUCUCGACUCAACAUGACGAGACUGUCACAAAUGAUGAAAUUGCUGCUGAUCUUAAGGAGCAUGUCAUCAAGCCUGUUGUUCCCGAAAAUUAUCUGGAUGAAAAGACCAUCUUCCACUUGAACCCAUCAGGCCGCUUUGUCAUUGGUGGACCACACGGUGAUGCUGGUCUAACUGGUCGCAAGAUCAUUAUUGACACUUACGGAGGAUGGGGUGCACAUGGUGGUGGUGCCUUCUCAGGCAAAGACCCAACUAAAGUGGAUAGGAGUGGUGCCUACAUUGUUAGGCAAGCUGCAAAGAGUAUCGUGGCAAACGGGCUUGCACGUAGAUGCAUCGUGCAAGUUUCAUAUGCCAUAGGUGUUCCUGAGCCCUUGUCUGUGUUUGUCGACUCCUAUGGAACUGGAAAGAUCCCUGACAGGGAGAUUCUUAAGAUUGUCAAGGAGACAUUCGACUUCAGACCAGGCAUGAUCUCUAUCAACCUUGAUCUCAAGAGGGGCGGUAAUGCUAGGUUCUUAAAAACAGCUGCCUAUGGCCACUUUGGAAGAGAUGACCCUGACUUCACGUGGGAAGUAGUAAAGCCACUAAAGUGGGAGAAAGCCUAAAACAGAGUUUAAUUUCAAGAAACCGAAUGUGAGCUUCAUCUUCUACUACUACCUGAAACUUUCAUUUUCUUUUUCAAAUUUUUGCUAAUUGUCAUUGUUUUUUUUUUUUUUUCUGAAUUGUCUGUUGUUUACCAUUGUAUCAAUUGAAAAAAUUCACUUGCAAUAAAAUAUCUUCUUCGUCAAUUGAA